UGUCUGGAAGGCCGGGGCGGGUCGGCUUCCGAGUGCCCGAGGAGUUUACCGAGUGGGCCGGCCGCUGAGGGGAGUGAAGAGCCUGUGCGGUGAGCGUUGAAAUAAAGACGAUCAGAGGUCUUCGGUGAAAGUCUUGGAGUGCUUUUUCACUAGUUACGAAAAAAAUGGCUACCCUCAAAAGCUUAGAAACCAAAAGCAACCUCACUUCGACCCCAAUCCGAGGAGCAGGAGAUGGAAUGGAAACAGAGGAGCCCCCUAAGUCUGUUGAAGUCACCUCUGAAGUCCAACCCAUAAAUCAACAUGUCCUUCAGAGUCCACGUAAGAAAGUUCCCUCAGACAGCCCAGGCGUUCUUCAGCUGGGAAAGAUUCUUACUGAAAAAGCAGUGGAAGUUGAAGCUGUGAGGAUAUUUGUUCCCAAAGCCGCCAUCUCUCAUGACAUCCCCACCAAAAAUACAAAGCUUAAGUCUCUGGGCUAUCACCGAGAAGAAGUCCACCUGCAGCCAGAGGUAGUCACAGACCCGAGGAAGGAACUCGCAGAGGCAAAGAAGCUUUUAGAGAAGCUCAAGAAUUCUGAAAGGAGGCUACUUCAGGACAAAGAAGGCCUUUCAAACCAGCUCCGGGUACAGACAGAGAUAAAUCGUGAGUUAAAAAAGUUGCUGGUGGCCUCUGUUGGAGAUGACCCGCAGUAUCACUUUGAACGCCUAGCCCGGGAGAAGAACCAGCUCAUUUUAGAAAACGAAGCACUAGGUCGGAACACAGCCCAGCUUUCGGAACAGCUGGAGCGGAUGUCGAUACAGUGUGAUGUGUGGAGAAGCAAAUUCCUCGCAAGCAGAGUAAUGGCAGACGAAUUGACGAACUUCAGAGUAGUUCUACAGCGUCAGAACCGAGAUGCCCAGAGCGCCAUACAGGAUCUCCUGAGUGAACGGGAGCAGUUUCGCCAGGAAAUGAUCUCUACCCAAAAGUUUCUGGAGGAACUCUUGAUCUCCUUACAGUGGGGAAGAGAGCAGACACACUCCCCUAACACACAGCCCCACAGCACAGCAGGACUGGCACUCUCAAACCACAAGUUGGCAGAAGCCGUGCACGCUCAUCUUCUGGGAAAUGUUGGCAUUAGCAAUCAGAAGAAGAUUCCAGCAACAGUAGAAUUCUUCAGUACCCCAGCUGAGAAAAUGGCUGAAAAGGUUCUACGGAUUUUGGAUCCAGUUACCUGUACAGAAAGCUCACCGGACAACCCAUUUUCUGAAUCUUCACCCCCUACAUUACUCACUACAAAGAAAAAUAUUGGACGUUUCCAUCCCUAUACCAGAUAUGAAAAUAUAACUUUCAAUUGCUGCAAUCAUUGCAAGGGAGAACUCAUUGCUCUUUAAUGUAUAAUGUACUUGAGGUGUGCUGAGUACCCAAGAUUCAUUAUUUGGGAGCUGGGUUUCUUAUGAUGCUAGAAAUAAAAUCAUCUUUAUAUAAUAUAUAUCCACAAAGAUAUUUCAUGUGCUGGAUUCCAGAUUAUUUUUCUUAAGAAAUGUCUCAGGGUAAGAAAAAAAUGAAACUAUGUAGAUAUAUUUAUAUGAACUAUAAACAGGUUUCAUUUUGGUGCAUAAAACAAAACCAGGCAAACUACAACAUGCGUGGGAUGUGGCCAUGCCCAUCCCUUCCUUGUUGCCAAAGCUGCAUUCCUGCACAGCGGCCAAGUGCAGUGUGGGGCUAGCAAAGGCCAGUCCCUCAUAGAGCAUGUUGGCUAGUUAAUAGCUGGAGUAUAGGAAAAAGGGAUUUUCAUUUCCUUUGUGGUCACAUUUGGGCCAUAAAAGAGGCCUUCAGAAACUCUGGGAUAAAGGCAUUAAUCUUUCUAAACAAAUAUAUUAGGAAAAUAAAAAGGUAUUUCAGAACUACAACCAAUAGUUCAGCAAAAGUGUCCCGUGCUGUUGUUUUUUGCAAAGUGCUCUGUCUUCUGCAUGGUUGCAGUUGGACAACCUGGAGGAAACAGAUUCAUAAUUACUGACUCACGUUGGCACAUGCAGUGUCUGCAACAGGAAUAUCUAGUUUGAUAAUAUAAUGAUGGAAAAUGAGUUUCUGGGGAAAAUGUAAUCUAUUAAUUUACAGAUAUUACAGAAUAUAUUAUUGUAUAAUGUAUCAUAAGAUGCCCUUUUAUUGACCUUUAAAUAUUCACAAAAAUCUGUCAUCAAAAAAUAUACUGAAUUUUAAAAGUUAUCAGAGAAGGCAAAUCUGGCCAAAUCAAAUUAUACUUUAGUGUCAAACCUACUACUUUUUGUCUGACUCAUCUGAGCCGUAUUUAUAGCUUUCAAUGGCAAUAAAUUUCUCUAUUUCCUUCUGA